AUGGCGCAUCAAUGGUGGCCUCCGACGGUGUCCCUCGCCUCCUCGUCCCUAGAAGUGAUGUCUAAACACAAGCAUCCAUCCUCGUCCGAUUCCGACUUUUGUCGUGCCUCGCACGAUGCCUUUACCAUGUCCCUCUCCAUCUUCCUCUGUCUGGGCCUCGUCGUCUCUUACCUCCCGCAAAUCAUUCGGAUCAUCACCAAGAAGUCAUCGCUGGGCUUCUCGCCUUGGUACCUCUUGCUGGGCACCACGAGUGCAGCCUCUUCCUUUCUGAACGUGGUGUCGCUGCAGUGGGGCGUUGUUAGGUGUUGCAGGUACCUGUCUGCUGGUCAGUGUGCCGAAUCAAUGCUUGGAGUUGUGCAGGUGGGAACGCAGUGGAUUCUCUUCGUAUCGGUCUUCGUACUGUUCUUGGUCUACUAUCCAAAGGACCACCGCUAUGAGAGAGCCAUUGCCUUGCCCAGUCAAAAUAGGCUUCGCGCAGCGGCAGAGGAACAAGAGGCUCAGGAGGAGGGUGAUGAAGACGACGACGAGUCCAUUGGUGACAUCGACUCGAUCGGUUCCCACGUAGUCAACAACUACUCUACCAUCGACGCCAACGAGAGCGGCUUCGGAUCGGUGUCAGGAGUCAACAGCCCGGGUCAGAGCAACUGGACUGGCUAUGGCGAUGAUUCACCCGAUGCAUCGGCUAUCGCAUCGCGCUUCGCAGGCCCUGGAGACAAUACCGACGACGAUCACUCCUCGAGCGCCUUCCAUCGUCUUGUACCAACCUUCUGGCCGGUUUGGAAGGCCCCAGCCAGGAAGCAUCCAGGCCCCUCAAGAUUGGGUCCUGGUGUCCUCCCCGCUACUGGCCCCACCCCCGAGAUUGGCGUCCCCGCUUCUAGCCUCGGAGGUGGGGGACCUCACUCUCUGCCACCCAAUGCUACUUCCGCCGCCAAGGUAGGAUUUGCCCCAGACACCAGGCGGGCUUCCAGGUCUGCAUUGGCAGACGUGCCGAGGAGUUUGAGGAAGAGGAGGAGGGUCAAGCACAAGACGCCAGAGUGGAGUUUGGCUUUGGCACUGUCGUGGGUCGCUGUCCUGCACUUCGUCUUCAUUCUGCUUGGCACUCUCCUUCUCAUCUCAAGCCUACCAGCAAGCGCAUUCCCCUCGCCGCACGACACCGUGUUGCCCAUUCCAAAGCCACAAGGCAAGUCCACAUCCGAAGAGGACCUCAUCUUCAACACCUUUGGCCCUUCCUCGCGCCUCCUCGUGUCCCGCUGGGCUGCCUUCCUUGGCAUCACCUCGACCCUGCUAGCUGCAGCGCAAUACAUCCCUCAAAUCCUUCACACCUACAGGAACAAGACGGUGGGCUCCCUCUCCAUCCCAACAAUGCUCCUCCAGGUGCCAGGAACGGCCAUCUUCGUCUACUCUCUGGCCGUUCGGCCCGGAAUCGAGUGGACAAGCCUCGCUGCGUACGUCUGCUCGGGAGUGCUGCAGCUCGUCUUACUUGUGCUAUGUGUGGCUUGGAAGAGGCGGCAGACAAGGAUGGGUGUAGACGACUUUGGACGACCCCUCUUGGCUGCGAGGGAGGAGCCAGAGGUGGAUGGGCAGGGCGAAGAGUAG